AUGGGCGAACAAACACAAGAGCGAGGCGGCUUUAGAAUUGCCAUAGAUCGUGGUGGAACCUUCACCGACUGUGUAGGAAAUCCAGGCACGGGAAAGAUGGAGGAUGAUGUGAUCAUCAAGCUCCUGUCUGAAGACCCUUCCAACUACGACGACGCUCCUUUGGAAGGUAUCAGGCGGCUAAUGUCCAUAUUCCUCAACAAAGACAUACCUCGUGGAGAACCUCUAGAUACUUCAAAGAUCGAAUCGAUUCGAAUGGGAACCACAGUAGCUACGAAUGCCUUGCUGGAAAGAAAAGGUGAAAAGAUUGCUUUGGUGGUGACCAAGGGGUUCAAAGACUGCCUGGAAAUUGGCAAUCAGUCAAGGCCUAAGAUUUUUGAUCUGGCGAUCAAGAAACCUGACGUCUUGUACGAACAUGUGGUGGAGAUUGACGAACGGGUUACCCUGGAAGAUUACGCCGAAGAUCCGGAACGUAGUAUCACCAAAGUCGAACCCAACGGUGCACGAGAUCAGGAUCUAGUGCGGGGUUUAUCAUCCGAAGCUGUGCGCAUCUUGCAGCGUCCUGAGGAGCAGACCAUUCGGUCACAGUUACAGGAAGUUUUCGAUAAGGGUAUCAAGUGCAUAGCUGUUUGUUUGAUGCAUGGCUACACCUUCCCCGACCAUGAAGCCCUGGUUGGCAAGAUUGCAAAGGAGAUUGGAUUUGAGCAUGUAUCUCUUAGCCAUGAACUUAUGCCUAUGAUUAAAUUGGUUCCGAGAGCCACAUCAGCUUGCGCUGAUGCCUACUUGACCCCAGCAAUCAAAAAAUAUAUUGCCGGGUUUUCCAGAGGAUUUGAGGGUGGUCUUGGAGCGGAAAGUGUAAAAAAUGAGAAGGGAGCUAAAGGAGCGCGAUGCGAGUUUAUGCAAAGUGAUGGUGGCUUGGUUGACGUCGACAGAUUCUCUGGCCUCAAAGCAAUUUUGUCGGGUCCUGCUGGUGGAGUUGUCGGAUACGCACUUACUUCAUAUGAUCCUGAGACCAAAAUACCAGUCAUUGGAUUCGAUAUGGGCGGUACUUCUACUGAUGUAUCCCGAUAUGGUUCGGGGAGAUAUGAACAUGUAUUUGAGACCACUACAGCUGGUGUAACUAUUCAGUCUCCUCAACUCGAUAUCAAUACUGUGGCCGCAGGCGGUGGCUCGCGGUUAUUCUUCAAGAAUGGUUUAUUCGUUGUUGGGCCAGAAUCAGCGGGUGCACAUCCCGGCCCUGCGUGUUACCGCAAGGGAGGUCCAGCAACAGUUACUGAUGCAAAUCUCUUCCUAGGUCGUCUCACUCCUGAUUUCUUUCCAAAGAUCUUUGGGAAGAAUGAAGAUAAAGGCCUUGAUGUUACAGCAAGCGAGAAGCUUCUUCAAGAACUAGCUGAACAAGUCAACAAGGAAAUGGGCAAGAACAUGACUGCUGACGAGGUCGCUUAUGGGUUCUUAACUGUUGCGAACGAAGCAAUGACCCGACCUAUUCGAUCUUUGACCGAGGCAAAGGGUCACGAUACAUCCAAGCACCGUUUGGCAACCUUCGGCGGUGCCGGUGGGCAACACGCAGUUGCAAUUGCUCAGAGCUUGGGUAUCCGUCAAAUUCUUGUUCAUCGCUAUUCGUCCGUUCUCUCGGCGUAUGGUAUGGCUUUAGCCGAUGUGGUAGAUGAGAAACAGGAGCCGGAGUCUAAGAUAUGGACCGAUAAUGGGGAGUCACGCGAUUAUUUGAGAAAGAAGAUUGAAGAUCUUAAACAAAAGUCGACCGAUGCUCUCAAAGAACAGGGCUUCCAGGAUACUUCUAUAGUUCACGAGGAAUAUCUUAACAUGAGAUACCGUGGAACCGAAUCUGCAUUGAUGAUUGUCAAGCCCGAGAAGCAAGAUGUAGAGGAAUUCGGAGGUGAUGAAUGGGCUUACGGAAAAGCUUUUGUUAAGCAGCAUCAACAAGAAUUCGGCUUUACUUUACCCGAUCGAGAUAUCAUUGUGGAUGAUGUUCGAGUCCGAGGUAUUGGAAAGAGCUUCGAGGGACUUGAAAAGACAGUCGAUCAGCAAUUGAAGGAGAUCGAACCUAAUGAUGUUGAGACUGGUAAAAAAGAGUACAAGAGAUCUCAAGUCUAUUUCGAAGGUGGACGACAAGACACCCCUAUAUACAAGCUGGAAGAUCUUGAUACUGGUGAUCGAAUCAAGGGUCCGGCAAUUCUCGCGGAUGGAACACAAACAAUUGUCAUUACUCCCGACGCAGCUGCAUUAAUAAUCGAGACACACGUAGUGAUUAACAUUGGUGAACAUGAAGCUAAGGACAAAUCUUCGGCCAGAGAUGAGACAGAAUCAGUAGAUCCUAUUAUGCUCAGUAUCUUUGCCCACAGGUUUAUGGCCAUUGCAGAGCAGAUGGGUAGAGCACUUCAGAAAACAAGUGUCAGCACGAAUGUCAAGGAGAGACUCGACUAUUCGUGUGCAUUAUUUGACGCCAGUGGUGGACUGGUAGCCAAUGCUCCGCAUCUUCCAGUCCAUCUUGGCUCGAUGUCUACUUGUGUCAGACGACAAGCUGAAAUAUGGCAGGGCAAGCUCGUCAAAGGUGAUGUCAUAGUCUCCAAUCAUCCUGAAUAUGGUGGAACACAUCUUCCCGACAUCACCGUCAUUACCCCUGCUUUCAACACUGCUGGUGAUAAGAUUCUUUUCUAUGUCGCCUCCAGAGCCCAUCACGCUGAUAUUGGUGGUAUUCUUCCUGGUAGUAUGCCUCCUCAUUCAAGAGAGUUAUACCAAGAAGGAGCAGCAAUCAAGUCCGAGAAACUUGUGAGCGCAGGUCGCUUCAAUGAGGAGAGGAUGACACAGCUUCUCCUUGACGAACCCGCACAAUACCAAGGAUGCAGUGGCACACGAUGCUUGGCAGAUAAUAUCUCGGAUCUCAAAGCUCAAAUCUCCAGCAAUAUGAAGGGUAUUAAUCUCAUCAGCACUUUGAUCGAGGAGUAUAAUGAGGAUGUGGUAAACUUUUACAUGAUUAAUAUCCAGAAAAACGCCGAACUCAGCGUACGAAAUCUUUUGAAGGAUGUUAGUAAGAGGUUUGAAGGUCAAGAUCUAUCGGCAAUCGAUUAUAUGGAUGAUGGUAGCCCCAUCCAGCUAAAAAUCACUAUCGAUGCCGAUAAAGGAGAAGCCAUUUUCGACUUCGAAGGAACAGGACCAGAAGUAUACGGAAACACAAACGCUCCCCAAGCCGUAACCUACAGUGCAAUAAUCUACUGUCUCCGCUGUCUAAUCAGCGAAGAUAUCCCACUAAACCAAGGCUGUCUCAAACCCAUCACCGUCCUCAUCCCCCCCAAAUCCUUCCUCUCCCCCUCAGACAAAGCCGCCGUCGUAGGCGGCAACGUCCUCACCUCGCAACGCGUCACCGACGUAAUCCUCAAAGCCUUCCGCGCCUGUGCCGCCUCCCAAGGCGAUUGCAAUAACCUCACCUUUGGAUUUGGCGGCAACGUUGAUGGGCAAAAACACGUCAAGGGCUUUGGAUACUACGAGACGAUAGCCGGAGGCAGCGGAGCCGGUAGGGACUGGGAUGGCACAAAUGGGGUUCAUACGCACAUGACGAAUACGCGGAUUACCGACGCGGAAGUCUUUGAGCGUCGCUAUCCGGUCUUGCUAAGGGAAUUUUCGUUGAGGAAGGGGAGUGGCGGGAAGGGUAAGCAUAGGGGUGGGGAUGGAGUGGUGAGGGAUAUCGAGUUUAGGAUUCCAGUUCAAGUGUCGAUACUGAGUGAGCGGAGAGUCUACCGACCAUAUGGACUUGAAGGGGGCGAGGACGCACAAUGUGGUCUUAAUAUCUGGGUGCGGAAAGUAGAGAAGAGUAACAGGGACAGAUCGGAUAUGUUAUUGCACGGGGACCGAGGGCCGAAUGUAAACGAGGCAAACAAGGAGAAGGAGAAUGAAUCGGAAGAAAAAAAUAUAUAUGAAGAAAGGCGAAUCAAUCUAGGAGGGAAAAAUACAGCAGCAAUGAAGAAAGGUGAGAGGAUUAUCAUUCAUACGCCGGGUGGUGGUGGAUGGGGCAAAGUGGGAGAGGAACGAGAGGUGGGCGAGAGGAAGGAUCCGCGUGCGGCGUGGAAGGGGGGGAGUUAUGCGAGUAGGGAGGAGAUGGCUUUGCAGGCUUAA